UUUUAGUGAAGCUAAAAUCGUUUUGUUUCCGUUGUCAAAAUCCAGCAGUGAGAAGGGAGCGGCACAAUUAGAAUAAAGAAGCCAUCAUGGAUCCAACACCGCCGCUUCGUGCCACCAAUAGUAUUAACCCACAGCAGGUGGCAAGCGUUCCACCGCCACCGCCAACGGGGCAAAUCAUAGCUCCAUCGGGAGCGUUUCCUGGAUCCCUGACUCCCGGCUGGAAUGACCCGCCACCCAUUUCGGCGGAUUCUCAGAGCUGCAAAUUAAACAAUAGUCGUCCACGCCUAGAUCUUCGCAAGCGCGUGGCCCACCCGCUGGACGGGAAGUCCUCUAGUGUCCAGCUGGUUCAGCCACAACUAUCAAUACCUACAGCACAAGAUUCAAUCUCGCCGCGUCCCGUGGCCCUGGUAACACCCCAGCGCCAGAUUCCAUAUCCGGAUCCCAACAAUCCACCGGCCGGUGGAGCGGAUGUGGGCGGUUUCGGAGCGGGACCAAAUGCCAAUGCCGUGCGCCUGCCACCGUUGGCCCACAGCAUCAGCAUCGAUCCCUCCAGGGUGGCCAAGGUUCCACCAAGAACCAAAUAGCAUGUAGUUAUCGCCAAUUCAGGGCCUAGGCUAAGGAACUUCAAAUUAAUGUGUUCUAUGGCGGGCUGGAAAAUCAAUUAUUUUUCUAUGUAAAACACUUAAGACACCUCACAAAAUACAAUCAGAAAUGCGAAUGAUGGGGGGACGGGACCUCUAAAAAGU